AUGAAGUCAUAGGAAACAAUUAAUGAGGCUUUGGAAGAUCUGUAUAAAUAUGGAGAAAAACAAUUAGGAAUGGAGCAAUUAUACAAUCUCUUUAUUUCAAAUAAGCCAUAAGAUUUAUAGCAGCAGGAAUAGAAAGCCAAUUCUGUAUGUGGAGCUAAAGUUUAUAAUGAUGAGUUGAGUUUUAAAUGUUUUGAUUGCUCUACCGAUUUUAAUCAUAUGAUUUGUAUCAAAUGUUUUGAUAUUAAAAAACACAUAAGUAUUAUGUAUGAUGAUAUCUUAGAUCAUAAGUUUUUGCUCAAGAAUGGUGCUGGAUGUUGUGACUGUGGAGAUGAUAGUACUCUUAAAUUAGGAAUUUGCAAUGACCACCAAGGCCAUUCUAUUAUAAAUAAAUAGAAAAUUCUUCAAUAAAUACCUCCAACAAUCAGAGGAAACACUGAAAAUUUUAUAAGAUGUCUUAAUAAUCUCUUAAAUUUACUAUACGUUGAACUUAAACCUAUAUCUACGAUUAAUCCAUACUAUAUUAAGAUUUAUCAUAUUGCAACUAAGUGGAAAUUAAGAAAAAUAAUGGAUGUGCUCUUGCUCUAAGACUACUAUCGAAGUUUCUGCAAAGCACUUUAUUUUCACAAUCUCUUGAUUAAAUUUAUAGCUUGGUUUAUUUAAGUGAAUCAUUAGAAUCUCUUUUUAAUCACUCAUAUCUUAUCGUAAACAGAUCUGAAUUCUAACUAAUUAAUUUUACAAAAUCUUUUUGAAAGAUAAUUAACUUUAGAAUCUUUAGGACCUUAUUAAGGAGAAAAAAUAGAAUCAAUUUUUUAUGCUUUUCAUGCUGAUCAUGAAUUCAAAAGGCUAGUACAUAUUACUUUUUUGAAGAAUUAUCAUAAUUUUCGAUCAUUUUUAUGCCUAAAUUAUGAGGCCUUUUUUCUUUUAAAAAGAAUUUAUGAAGAUUUACACAGAUAUGAUUAAACAUACAAUAACAUGGGUCUUUAAUAAAUGGAGGAUCAAGCUUCUGAAGAGAUUGUAGAAGCUCAAUUUGAAUAGUCAGAGAAAUAUUUAACUUAUUAGGCAUUCACCAUUUUUAUAGGUCAUCACUCGUAAUUUUUUACUUAGGAAAUGAUAGAAGCCCUGUUUCAACCUAACAUUAGUUCUCCUUUUAUAUAAAUCUUAACUGAGAGUCAAGAACUAUAUUAUUAAAAUAUGAAUUUUGUUUAAGAUUUUUCCCUUUUGCAUUUAGCUAUAUUAUCAUUUAGGGUUGAAUUUACAUUUUUUAAAUAAGUCCUUAUGAAAUGCUUUAAAAUAAUAUUAGACGAUAAAUUUGAUUCUUUUUAAAAGAAGUUAAUUUCUAAAGAUGAUUAUGAGGAUUUUUAAUCAAGAUAAUAUUUCUUGACCUAAUUGCUUCAUUCGUUUAAUAACGUUAAAAGGUAGAACAGGAGGUACGAAUUAGAUAAUCUUGUUGUUUAACAGAAUGAUAUAUAUAAUGCUGCACUCAUUAUCAAUUUUUAAUCAAGUUAACUUAAACUAUUUAACAAAAUGCUAAAAGAUUUAAGAAGUUUAAUGCCCGAACUGAUCGGAAAAAGAAAUCUAACAAGAAUAUAUUUAUAUUAGUGUUAUUUGAAAUUAAACCAAGAUAUAUAGAAUAUUGGAAAUUACUUUGAUUAAAUAGAUUAUUUUUAUUCAUUUUACAUAGAUUAUGAAAUCACUAUCUAAGAUCAAGAAGAAAUAUGCGAAGCGUAUAAUCUAUUAAGCCUAAAACUUUUGAAGAGACCAAUUUUUACAAAUCUAAUAUUUGUCGAAUUGCUAAUUCUCGAAUACUUUGAAGGCAAAUUUAUUGACAAAGAAGAUUAUCUUAAAUAUUUGAUGGAAGUUCUCAGAAUAAAAAACUUGAAAGAUUUAAAGCCUCUCUUUAAUCAUUUAUUAAUUGAUUCUCUUUAGAAUUUGAUUGCUCAUAAUUUUGACUAGAAAAAAAGGUUAUAAUAAGAAUAGUAAAGAAUUAAAUGCAAUUCAAAUGAAAUGGAAUCUGUUGAUCUUGCUUUCAUAAAAUUCUAUCUAUUCUUAUUUGAACUAGAUGGUUUAUUGUUUUUUGAGGUUACAUUUUAAAAAUUUAGAAUCCCUAAGAAAAUGAUUGCAUCUGAAAUUUAUAAGUAAUUAUCUUAAUUAAUUUUAGUUCAAUAUUGCUAAGCAUAAUAUCAUCAGAAAUAGAAUUUUGGAAUGUAUUAUAAAUGGUCGAAGAAACAACAGAUCCCUAUCCUCAAUAGCUUAAAUCUACAAUUCAACAUGUUAUAAUAAAUUUAUUUAAUUAAUCAGCUAGUUUGAGCUUUGAUGAAAUAAAGAAUCAGAUACAAUAAUUAAAAAUAACAACUAAUUAACCAAUAGAAAAUUUUGUUUAAGAAGUAUGUUAAUUAGAUUUAAUAUCAAAAAGGUUUACUUUAAAAAAAGGGAUUUAAUUGUAUUUUGAUCCAAUAUUAUUUACAAAAAAUAAUGCAGUUAAAGGACAUAUUUUAGAAAGAUUGAUUGAUCAAAAGAAAUCAUAAGGAUUUAUGAACUUUGGAAAUUAUAUACAAUAGAAAGCAGAUGCGAUCGUUAAGCAAAUUUCAUCAAAUACCGAUUCAAUAUUUUUUGACAUUUUUCACCUACUUGCUAAUGAAUCUUUUAUUAAAUAUUUGAUUUAGGAUAUAGAAUAGAAUUAAUAAUAAAAAUUAUAAGCUUUUUAAUUACUAAAUUAUUUGAUUAUCAUUUUAUCUAAAUAAUAAAAUAAGGUUGAUGAAGAACUAGUUGAAAUUAUAUAACAGCUUGCCUAAUAAUAUAAAUAGAAUAAUUAAAAAUGUGCAGAAUAUCUCUAUCAGAUCAUUGAUAAUUUAAAUUCAUUAUUUAAAAUAGGGUCAAACUCUUUACAAUAAAUAACUAGUUAAACGUUGAUUUCAGAUAAAUCCAAGAUGAAAAACAAAUAUCUUUAGAAAUAGUCUAAAUUUAACGAAUAACUAGAAAUCAAUCUUCAUUUAGGAUUACCAUAUGAAAAAUAAGAUGAAAAUGAUUGCUGCUAAUCGUGUAAAUUAAUUAUAAGGAAAGAUGAUAGAUACAUUCCAAUAUUAAUUUCAACAUUUGCAAAGUAAAACAUAUAUGAGACUAUGCCAACAGAAUUAUACAAAAUGUUAAAGGCUGAGAAUUUGAAUCUGUUAAACAUAUCAAGUUGCAAACAUUAGUUUCAUUUUGAAUGCUUAAAAGACUCAUUUAUAAAUAAAUUCAAUUACGAAUUUCCAUUAUGGUUGAUAUCUAAUUGCCCUACUUGUUAAUAGAGUUGCAACCUAUUAUUUCCUAUUUCUUAACUUGAAGUUCAUUUUGAUUAAUUCAUUUAAGAAUUAGAGGCAAUUUUAAUUGAAAUAAAUUUAGAUUUAUUAUCAUUAAAAAAUAUAGAUAUAGAUGAGUUAAUGUUAUUUGAUAUGUUUUAUUAGUUGCUUAUUAAUAUUUUAAUCUAAAUGCUAUAAUAAAAGGCAGACUUUUAGAGAUCUGGCAAAGUUUAGAUUUUUAAGCAAUUUAUUAGGAUUUUAAAGCAUCAUUAUAAAAACAUCAAAUAUAAGUAGAAUAUACUGAAUUUUAAGAAAGGAUAAAUAUUUAUAUUGGAUAUCAUGAUGUUAAUCGAGAAUUAAAUAAUGGGAAGAAUUAAUAAAAGUGAAUUCGAAUAAGAAAUUUCAGAUAUAUUGUUAUCAUUGCCAAUGCAAAAUGAUAACAUUGUUGAAACAUUAAUUGACUGUUUCGAAAUAAAAUUUAAUGAGAAACUAUUUUAUAGUGAAAAAAAAAAAAUAUAGUCAAGGUGUAUUCCAGAUUUCUAUUAAACUUAAAAUGAAAUAUCAAAUUAAAUAGCUAUAUAUUUAGGAAAUAAUUUUGAAAUUUUUAGACAUAGAUAUAUUAAGAAAUUAUGCAAAAAGUGUGGCUUUUUUGCAAAAAAGUAGAAUAAAGGCUAAGAUAUUGUUGUAUGUUUACUUUGCUUACAAACAUUGUGUUUAGGUUCAUGUGAGAAUAAUUAAAUUGGCAACUUAAGUAUUCAUGCUAAAGAGGAGCAUAACUGUCAUUCAAUCUAUGUUUGCUUGAGCUCUGGGAAUGUUGUAAUAACAUCUUAUCCAAUAUCUUAUGCUAAUUGUUUUACUUUAUUUUAUAACAACUUAGGUCAAGAAUUAAAAGAACUUACACAUACUAAUCUAGAUUGGGAUAAAUAUAAAUUAGAUAUGGGAAAAGUAGAAUAAAUUUCUAAGAUUAUCUUAUAUAAUUAAUAUCAACAAAUUAUAAGAAAUGCAUCAAAUGAUCAAGACAGAAUCAGAGAGAAUAUUAGAAGAGAUUUAUGA